GGAGAGAUCAAUACGACGUCGUACGGUCCGGCAAUCUGCGUCGUCAUAAAUCAUAACCAUCAUUUUCUGAAGCUCGAGGACCCUUUCCCCAAUUUAAAACCCUAACAAUUUGAAAAACUCCUUAGCGGACCUGAAGAGGAUACUCCUUACAUACAUGUGUUGCUGGAUUUUAAGACGCACACUGUUGCACAUCUGUUGAAUCACAAGAUUUGAGAGUUGAGAAGAACUAUGGCAUUCAGCGGAUUUGGGAAGAAUUCAGGUCCAAGUGCAGGGGCGCCAACCCCCUUCGGAAAUUUUCCUCGGCAGCCGCCCCCCUCUUCUCCAUUUCCAGUUUCGCCGAGAAGCAAUGAGCCUCCUUUGAGAUGGGGUGAUGCGAAGGCAUCUUCAUUGAAAGAUCCUGCUUCCCUAUAUCGAAGGCCUCCUGCUGAUCUUCAGCAGGAUCCAUCAAGACAUUUAAGACCCAGUGGCCCUAUAAAGACUGCAGAUGCCCAAUCUAUAAGAAGAACUAGUGCACCUUUUAUUCAGUCACCACAUGACAUUGCAAAUACAUCCAGGAUUCCCCUGAGUAGUGACCAGAAUUACAUGGAUCCUUAUGGAGCGCGAUUGUCUCGUCCAGUUUCUCAUAACAAUGUAUAUGCUGGUGGCCAGCGUCCUCAUAUUCAAGAUAUUCAGCAGCACUCUGUCUCUCCCAUUUGGGUUAACAACUCGAAUUUAUCAAACCGUAAUGUCAGUCCACCAGCAACACAAAGACUUUCCCCAGUAUUUCCAACAGGAGGUACUCAUCAACCUGGACCAAUGUUUAAGACCAAGCAUGCAGAUGGUCCUGAUCAAAAGCGGACACGGUCCCCAACAUUUCCUACUGCCACAGUGUUUUCCUCUGAAAAUGCUCGUGCUGAUGGUCAGAAAAGAUCUUUAGUUGACUAUAGGGACCUUGAUGCUCCCGAGGCUAUGUCUUUACCGCCAUUGGAUUUUGAGAGCAGCACCCCCAGAAGGGAAUCUUCUCGGCCCUUUGGAGGAAAUCAGAAGCCAUUUCCCUCUCCCUUUAUGUCUGCUGAUCAAUCAAAACCCCCCAUGAACACUACCACUCCACUGGUUCGGGAAGAUGUACCUGGAGUCUUGACAACAAAGGGCUCGUAUCAACCUGGAAGAAAGCUUCAGCCCGAUCAUGGGGAUGUUCAACUUCCAAAACGAACAAGGUCUCCAACAAUUCCAUCUCCCAAUGGAAAUUUUGCACAGAAUCCUGCCAGUGGUUUUGACAUUCACAAAAGAGGCCCUGGUUUCCAAAGAAGAAGUCCGUCUCCAACAUCUAUACAACCCAUGAAUGCUGAACAUGAUGUAAACACGCCAGUGGGGGUUCCAGCUGUUAAAAGAACCAAGAUACCCCGUCAAACUUCACCUGGUCUAGUGUCUCAGGGGAACUUGGAUCCUGAAGAGGAGAUUGAGCGAGAAAUGCAUGCAAAAGCAAAGCGUUUGGCUCGCUUCAAGGAUGAAUUAAGCCAACCAGUGCCAAGCCAUCCAAUUGUCAAAAACCAAAAGGAUCCAGCCAAGAGUCAGCAGCUGUCUUUACCGGAUAAGCAAAGUUUCUUUGGGGAUCCAAAAACGGAUAUGAUGGUGGAUUCUUCCAGUGGGAAUGCCUUCUCAGACCAUGAAGGCGCAUCAUCGUCCACUAGUAUAGUUGGAUUAUGUCCAGAUAUGUGUCCAGAGUCUGAAAGAUCUGAGCGUGAAAGAAAAGGAGAUCUUGAUCAAUAUGAACGCGUGGAUGGGGAUAGGAACAUAACCAGUGAAUAUAUUGCUGUAAAAAAGUAUACUAGGACUGCAGAGAGGGAAGCAGAGCUUAUUCGUCCAUUGCCAAUCUUGCAAAAGACAAUAGACUAUCUUAUGAAUUUACUGGAUGAACCAUACGAUGAUAGAUUUCUUGGCUUAUAUAAUUUCUUAUGGGAUAGAAUGCGGGCCAUUCGUAUGGAUUUGAGGAUGCAGCACAUUUUCAAUCUAGAGGCUAUCACCAUGCUUGAGCAAAUGAUAAGACUUCACAUAAUAGUCAUGCAUGAGUUAUGCGAACAUACUAGAGGAGAGGGGUUCUCUGAGGGAUUUGACGCACAUCUUAAUAUUGAGCAGAUGAACAAAACUUCUGUAGAGUUGUUUCAGUUUUACGAUGAUCACAGAAAAAAAGGAAUAGAUGUGCCAUCUGAAAGAGAAUUUAGAGGCUAUUAUGCACUCCUUAAGCUUGACAAGCAUCCUGGGUAUAAAGUUGAACCUGCAGAGCUGUCACUUGAUCUGGCUAAGAUGACCCCAGAGAUGCGGCAAACUCCAGAAGUGUUAUUUGCUCGUGAUGUGGCCAGAGCCUGCAGAACAGGAAAUUUUAUUGCCUUCUUUAGGCUUGCCCGCAAAGCUAGUUAUCUGCAAGCUUGCUUAAUGCAUGCACAUUUUUCAAAGUUACGUACCCAGGCUCUUGCUUCUUUGCACUCUGGUCUGCAAAUGAACCAGGGAAUUCCCGUUUCUCAUGUUGCAAAAUGGCUUUGGAUGGAGGAAGAGGAUGUGGGAGACCUUCUGGAGUACCAUGGCUUUUCAAUGAGGGAUUUUGAAGAACCGUACAUGGUAAAGGAAAAUGCAUUUUUCAAUGUCGAGAGUGACUUUCCUGUUAAGAGAUCUAAGCUUGUGGAGAGAAAGAGGUCAAGGAUGAUUGUCACUGAUGUCAUGUUUCCUCCACAAACCGAAUCAUAUGCUGAUAACGAAGUAAUAAAAUUCAAGCUAAAGAAGGAUCCUCACCCAAGGCCAGCUUUACCUACUGUAGCUGUCAGCACUCCUCAGCUCCAUGAUGGGGAAAUGCACGACAUAGUUACCAGUUUAUCUCCAAAAAUUAAUAUGCAAAAGCCAACGCAUAAAUCUUCUAGUUCCCCGUUUACACCAGAUAAAAGAACCACUCCACAUGAGGUUCAGGAGGUUUCAGCUGGUCUAUCGGUAGUAUCAGAUUUCUCCAAAAGUUCCCCUAAACCUCAUGCCAGUGCUGUUGAAUCUGAAAACAAAUUCAAGUUUGAACCUGCUUUUAGGAUAUCAUUUGGUAGAUCAAUGAAACCUGACUUGGAAGCAACACCGGCAGUCACCCUGCAGACUGCAAUCACUGAAGUGACUGCUGAGGUAGACACAGGUCCUGUUGCAUCUCAUGUUUCUGUUGUUUCUACUCCAAUAGAAGAGCCUGUUUUCUCUGAAGACAUAGAAGAUGAAGAACUAACAGAAGUUGUGGAAGAAGAUACAACUGAUGAAGCAACGACUAGUAAUUAUGAUUUAGAAGUCCUGGAAGCCAGACUUAGGUUGAUGUUGAGGAUAUGGAAGCGUCGUACCACAAAUAGAAGGAAAUUGCGCGAGCACAAACAGUUCACAGCAAAUGCUGCAAGGGAUUUGCUUUCGUUGGGCCCACCAAUUUGGCAGCUUGAAGUUCAACCAGGCAUCUCUGGGACGUUCAACAUUGAUCAUGUCAUGCGUGAGAGACAUGAAACUCAACAAAGGUCGUGGUCGGUGCUGAAUCCUUUAGAUGUGGUUGCUUCUAAACUUUUUGAAAAAAAUCCAGAUGCCAAAUGCAUCUGCUGGAAGUUGGUUCUAUGUUCACAGGAAGAGACUCUGCAUCAAGGAAAUCCUAGGCUUCCCAAUGACCUCUCAAUUGCUGGUUCAUGGUUGCUUUCCAAGCUCAUGCCUGCCAACAGUGAUUGUUCGGAUGAUCUGAUUUUGUCAUCUCCUGACCUUGCGAUUUGGAGAAGUUGGAUCCCUAGCGAAUCUGAUGAUGACCCGACCUGCUGUUUUUCAGUUAUCAAGAGCACAAACUCUGAUGAUAUAAAUAAGUCGAUAACAGGAGCAAGUGCGAUUCUCUUCCUUUUAUCUGAAGGGAUUCCUCUAGAACUCCAGAAGCAGCAGCUUCAUGACAUUGUUGCUCUCUUACCUUCUGGUUCUUGCGUGCCCCUUAUUAUACUCAGUGGCUCCGACAAUGAUGAAUCUGACAUCUCUAACAUAGCUAAAGUUUUGGGGCUCCACGACAUUGACAAGUCAAGGGUGAUUGUUUCUUGCUUUGCUUCUCUUAAAGAUGUCGAAAUGCAAGGGUUGGGUGGUUUUUUCAGUGACAAAUGUCUAAGAGAAGGACUAGAAUGGCUGGCUUGUGAAUCUCCACCACAGAUCAGUGUUAGCAGAGUAAAAACUCGUGAAUGGGUUCUCUCCCACUUGAACACUACUCUUAAAGUUCUUGAUGGUAUGGACAUCUACAGAGUAGGACCUAAUGACUGCAUUUCAAUCUUCAAUGAAGCUUUGGAUCAAACCUUGAAUGAAGUGUCUACGGCAGCCCGAGCAAAUCCAACUGGCUGGCCUUGUCCUGAAAUUGACCUGCUUGAUGAGUUCAGUGAUGAGUUCAUGGCUGCAAAACUGUACUUACCAAGCGUAGGAUGGAGCUCAGCUUCAAGAACUGAAACGCUGAUGUCUGCAUUGAAUGACUGCAAGCUCCCUCCAUUGGAGGAUGACCUGUGGUGGUUAUCUAAAGGUCUUGGUAUCGGAGGUGAUAUGGAAAACCAGAAAUUGCGGUUCGAAAAUUGUUUGGUAAACUAUUUAACAGAGGCUAGUAAGAUGAUGGGAGAAGCCAUGGCCCUAAACGAGGCAUCUAUGUUGCUUCAAAGUUGCACCUCACUUGAGCUUCACAAUACUACCUAUUACAUCAUUCCAAGGUGGCUUUCAAUUUUUCGAAGGAUAUUCAACUGGCGGCUGAUGAAACUAAAUAGCGAAGAACUGUCUUCAACGUAUCUCCUGCCACUGCCUAGCUCGUCUCCUCCAAGUUCAGAAGUCCUCUAUAGAUUGGAAUCAGAAGAUACUACUCUACCUCCUUACUUUCCCAAGCCAUCUCUUGAUGAACUGGUUGAAGUUGGCUGUUGCCCUACAGGACUCGAGUCGAAUCAUAUGGCUUUCGAGAGCUUUCAACCAUUGGCUUCUGAUUCUGCUGAUAUUCCAUCUUCAAGUGACCAGGUAACAUUAACUGAAGAAGAGAAGAGCCCACAGAAUGACAUGUUUACGGGUUGUGAUUUCUCAGCAGUCGAACAAAACAACGAUGAUAGAUCACUGCUGACCGCCUCUUCUAAAGUUCCUAAAGAUGCUGAUAAACUUAGUGAAUUAUUGGAUAAAUGUAAUAUCAUCCAAAACAUGAUUGAAAAGAAGUUGUCUGUCUAUUUUUGAUUGUAUCUUGCCCCCUUUUUGUGCCAAUACAAAAGCAUUUUGUACCAGAAAUAGCUUGUAUAUCUCUAGACAGCAACAACUUUUAUAUCUGAUCCUUGUCACCAGACUAUUUGCUUA